AUGUCUGCGCCGAAGACAUCAGCCGCUGGCGAGGGAUCGGUGGAUGAGUUGGUCCGCGAAGUGCAGUCAUUGCGGACACAACUCGAGGACUGGAAGAAUGAUUUGAUGGAAGAGUUCUCCGAAAUGACUGGUCUUCUCAUCGAUCACUUCGAGGACGUGAUCGACAAACACCUGUCGGGCAAACCGNGCACUAAUACCGAUUUGAAAGAACUACGAAAACUACUAUUUGUGUCCCGAGAUUACGACCGAUUCGCUCGACCCAUACCUAAGAAUGAUAUAUUCCGAGUGUCUAUUGAUUACAAUCUCAUUCAUAUCACUAAUUUUCCAUUAAUCGACUUCGGAGUCGAUAUUCAUGUCGUUUCUGACUCUAACCAAAACCUUCUCAAUCUCUUCGGCCAACGCCUGGCCAUCAGUCGGAUCGUCGGACUCUUCGUCAUGUGA